UUAUAGGCUGACCUCAUGGAGAAAACAGCCACCAAGAAUCCAGGAUCGUUUUUAGUUCUUUAAUUUUGGCAAGCACACGUUUUCAAAGCAGAUUAAAUUCGUCCGAUUUAUUUUAGAAGUAUGUAUUUCAAAGCUCAGGGAGUCUCCAAACCCACAAAGCAGAGCUGGGGAGGCUUCGUGGAGAGCUGUUCAGGAGAAAGAAGGAGGAGGAGCAUGCCACUGUUUCCCCUGUAACUUUGAAGAAACUAGAACUUCACAGGGGAUGUUUUGCAUGGACACUUUGGAAGGUUUGUUUCUUCUUAUCUUUGAGACCUGCUGUGGAGAAUUAGUAAAAGAUUGAAGCAUGAAUGGAUAAAAUGGAUCGUCUUAAAGGAUUGCAGUUCCAAAAAUACAUCAGCAGGACCGGACAGGUCUGACAUAAUGAGCUUCCUAUUUUAGCUUGACUUCUGGAACUCUGAAGAACUAUAAAUUGAGCCACACAAGGCCUGAGGAAGGAGGUGCCUCUUUUAGUCGCUUAUAGAAUUUUCUUCAGGCUCUAAGGAGAUAUGUCUAGCUGCUGGUUUCCUAAAGAAUUAGACUGUUGAUACCUACCAACUUCAAUACAGGAAAUGACAGAUAGGAAGCCCUGGUCCAUAACGUACUGAAAACUGAAUUUGGUUACAGAAACCUGUACCCGGAGGUCAGAGGGGAGGCCCUCACAAGCAGCAGCGCCAUGGCGGAGGCUCCUGUGGAUGCUGUGACUCAGCCAGUGACAGUGAAGAAGAAGAAGAGUCUGUCCAUUGAGGAAAAGAUUGACAUCAUCACCGCAGUGGAAAGUGGCAAGAAGAAGGCAGAGAUCGCAGCUGAGUAUGGGAUAAAGAAAAAUUCAUUGUCUUCCAUUAUGAAAAACAAAGACAAAGUUCUGGAAGCCUUUGAAUCUUUGCGAUUUGACCCAAAGAGAAAAAGGCUGAGGACGGCAUUUUACACGGAUCUGGAAGAGGCGUUGAUGAGAUGGUAUCGGAUUGCCCAGUGUCUCAAUGUUCCAGUUAAUGGUCCAAUGUUGCGUCUAAAAGCCAAUGAUUUUGCCCAGAAGCUGGGACACAAUGAUUUUAAGUGCAGCAAUGGUUGGCUGGAUCGUUUUAAGUCCAGGUAUGGCUUAGUAUUCCGAGCACAACCUGCAGAAGCCACGGGUAUGUCUAUAGACCCUGCCACUGUCUGGUACCAGAACGUGCUUCCUUAUUACUUAAAUGAUUAUCAUCCUAAAAAUGUUUUCAACGUCAAAGAGACUGGGCUGCUUUAUCGAAUGUUACCUACAAAUACAUUUGCAUUUAAAGGAGAGACCUGUUCAAUUGGGAAGCUGUGCAAAGACAGGAUAACGCUGGCAGUAGGUUCUAAUAUGGAUGGCACAGAGAAGCUGCCUUUGCUUAUUAUCGGGAAAACCCGAACUCCACGUUGUUUCAAAGGUAUCAAGUCACUGCCUGUGUAUUAUGAGGCUAACAGAAUGGCAUGGAUGACUGCAGCCAUAUUUGAACAGUGGAUGCAGAAGCUUGAUGAGAAAUUUCAAGCCCAGCAACGAAGAGUGGUGAUUUUUGUCGACUCUUUUCCAGCACACCCAGAAGUGAAGAACCUAAAGUCCAUUGAGUUAGCAUUCUUCCCAUCUUGCUUGUCUUCCGGGUUUGUAGCCAUGAAACAAGGUGUUAUUAAGAGCCUUAAAAUCAAAUAUCGGCAUUGUCUUAUCAAGAAAUUCUUAAGUUCUGUUGAAAGUAGCCAAGAAUUUACAUUUUCUCUACUAGAUGCUGUUGACACACUGCAUCUCUGCUGGAGAGCUGUAACCCCAGAGACCAUUGUUAAAAGCUAUGAAGAAGCAGGAUUCAGGUCUCCACAGGGGGAAAAUGACCCAGCGAAUGCCGAGAGUGACACUGCUCUUGACCUGGCUGCCCAUGCUCUGGGGGCAGGAGUGGAGUUUCCUGAAGGCUUGUCCAUAGAGGAAUACGCUGCCCUGGAUGAGGAUCUGGAGACUUGCGAAGCCACCCCCAAUGAUGAUGCCGAGUGGACCAAAGAAAGUAAACAAGAUGAAACUGGAUUCUAUGCUUCUGAUGAAGAGGAGGAGGACAGCGGAGCUCCAGAAGUGGACCUGCCCUUACCGUCCAAGAAUGAAGCAAUGGAAGCUGUAGGCACUCUUAAAAGGUUUCUUAGAAGUCAUGAUAUGAAUGAUGAACUUCACAAUUCUUUAGCAGACCUUGAAAACUUUAUUAACACUUUGUCACCUAAAUAGUCAUGUGUUGUUCAUCUGCAGAGCAGGAACUUUUCUGGGUGUAUCUUAUUGCAUAAGGAACAUAAAAAAGUGUCAAUUAAUUGAAUAAGAAAAGAGAAAGCCUAACAAUCCUUGACUUAAUUGCAGCAGCCUUUAAUUUGAAUAGCAAAGCUCGGUGGUAAAUAAUGACAAAGUGAAACUGCAGAAUUCUGCUUAGCAGGUUUGGGGAGAAUAAAACUGUCUUCAGAGGCUUUGUACUUGAAAGAGACAGGGUGUGUUUGAAAGAACUCUUCAGCUGGCUAACUUACAUGCAUGAAGUUGCUGGUUUCUGUUUUCUUUGUUUUUAAGUUCGGAUCAUGUUCUAGAAUAUUUUGGUUUAUCUAUAUAAUCUAAGAAACAAAUAGCUUGCUAUUUUUAUAAAGUUACACAC